UGAAGAUCCUUCUCCUGACUGGCAUCAUCUUCACUGUCGUCCAAACGAUGUUUACCAGCAAACAAGAGAAGCCUAACUACUGGAAGCCCUGUCACCACAGGAGCGUUGAACAGAAAUACAAAAACUUUACGGAAAGACACAUCAUUCCAGAAGACAGGAGCUUGAAUUCUAUAAAAGACUGGAAAAGCUAUCUAAGAGACAAAGGACUCUGGUGCAGAACACCGAAGCAGUCGUUCAUCCUGGCCAAUAUGACGAAGGACGUCCUGCAGAUCUGCAGCCGGUCUGGCCUCUAUGUGAAGGUGAAUAACCUGAAGAGAGAGAACACAGAGGAGGAGAGUCGGGAAACGACAGAGAGAUCAUCACUCGGACUGAGGAGCAUCGAAGCUUCAGAGCACGGUGUGUCACCACUGGUGUGUCAGCGCAGACAUUGUUUGUGACAGUCACCAGCAGCAGUGAGAUGAUACUAGUGUACGACACUGAACACGUUCGACAUGAGCUUCCAGGUUUGUGUGUGUGGUUGGUCCAAAGUGACGAGUUACCACGGCCUGAGGACCCACCAGGGGAAGAUGGGAUGCACCCAGAGGGGAGUGAGGAUCCCAGAGAGGAAUGCAAUGACCUUCAUGCCUCAAAUUACCUUCAAGCAAAGUCCAAUCUAUCUGAACCAGCCUGAGAGGAACUUCUUCACCUGGUCUGUGACGACCUAUCAGGGCCGGAGGAUCCACCAGGGGAAGAGGGGAUGCAUAGCGAAGGUAGUGAUGGUCCCAGAGAGGAGGAGUUACCCUCCUCUGAUUCCAUUCACGGGACGUCCAAUCCAGCUGAACGAGCCUAUGAUGACUUCUACAGAGUCUGUGAAUAACCUGAAGAGAGAGAACACAGAGGAGGAGAGUCGGGAAACGACAGAGAGAUCAUCACUCGGACUGAGGAGCUUGAGGCUUCAGAGCACGAUACUGAACAUGUUCGCUCAAACUUCCUCCAUGGAACAUCCAAUCAAUCUGAACGAGCCGAACAAGCCUGUGAUGACUUCUACAGAGUCUGUUUUCCAGACUCCUGAGCCCCCCCCACGUCAUCAAACCGCCACCAACACGUACCGACCUCGUCGAGCGCUCGAGUUCUCCACCGGCGCCGAUCAGACGACGCCUCCAACGACCGCCGUCCAUCCAAGAGAGGAGGAAGAAGAGGAGCAGAGGAAGACGGAAAAACUGCUCAUGAAGGCACAGCAAGACAACAAGAGGGCGGAGCUACAGCAGAUAAUUCAAAUUAGGAAACUCAAGAUGGCAGAAGUGGAAUUAUCUGUGAAAGGCUUGAAGGUUAGAUUGGACACCGAGUGGAUGGAGAUCAACAACGUCUUCUCCGAGGUGAAGAAAGUCGUGGAGGACGCUCGGCAAAGAGCUCUGCAGCCUGUGGAGGAGAGGAGACAAAGGGUAAAGAGAGAAGGAAAGGAUCUGCUUCAGAGGCUGAAAAGAGAAACUGAAGAACUCGAGAAGACCAUCGCUGAGUUGGACAGAAACUCAGACCUUCAGAUCUCUCUGGAUGAACCCGGGGAUUGGAACAAGACAAGUGUUGAUACUUUGGAGAGAGGAUUACGUUCUCCUCUACCGAUGAUAGUCCUCUCCAAUGUCCACUCACUGCGCAACAAGAUGAAAGAACUGCGCCAUCUCAUCACGACAAAAGACUUUGCUCUUUCUUCUGUUUUGUGUUUUACAGAAUCGUGGCUGACCGAAGCUACACCGGACUCUGCUGUAGAGCUGACCGACUUUCAGCUGUUACGUGCAGACCGCGACCCGAUCCUCUCACGCAAAAAAAAUGGUGGAGGGAUUUGUUUCUAUAUAAACCAUGGCUGGUGCAGCGACGUAGAAGUGAUUUUAAAAUCCUGUUCUCCGGACCUGGAAACUCUUUUCAUCACCUGCAGACCGUUCUACUCUCCCCGUGAAUUCACGUCUUUUAUUCUGGCCGGAGUUUACAUUCCAUCAAAGGCUAACGUGCGCGAGGCUCAACGUGAACUCGCUGAGCAGAUACAAAGAGUGAAGAGAAGGAGAGAGCACAAGUCUUCCACUGUCAUUGUCCUUGGGGACUUUAAUAAGGCCAACUUAUCUCACAAACUCCCCGAAUACAAACAGUUAGUCAAAUGCCCGACUAGGGGGGAGAAGACUCUGGACCACUGCUACAGCACCAUCAGCAAGGCGUAUCAUGCAGUUUCCCAUCCUGCUCUGGGUCGAUCUGACCACGUUCUCAUUCAUCUGAUCCCGGCUUACAGACAGAAACUCAACAUUUCUAAACCUGAUGUGCUGAGAUGUCAGAACUGGAGCAGCAGAGAAGCUAUGGAGGAGCUGCGUGACUGCCUGGAGAACACACACUGGGACAACUGUUUGGAUUUAAAAUUUUAGCUUGUCUGUUAAGAUGUUUAUGGAACUGUACUCAAAACAAAUGAAAGGAGGGUUGGGGCAGGAGCAGUUUGGGCCAGAUAAAUGGCUUUCCCAUCAUGAUUUAUAAUAACCCUCGUUGCAUAGUGUUAAUCUUGAAGUUAGCUACAAAUGUGUGUGCUUCACAUAGCUGGUCAGUCUCACACCUGUCUUGAUAAAAGGUCUGAUAAGCUCUGGAGGACAGACAGAGUGGCGUUGUGUUGGUUUGGAGGAUCUGAAUGUUUACACAAAAAGAACAUACAGCCAAUAGAGCAGGAACACAAUAUUCUUUACUCCAAUGAACAACAACACUGACCCACAAGGCGUCAGCCGAGUCAAGGCUAGUUUAUGAAAAAACAAAAUCGAACUGUCAUGGUAGGGAGAUUUUUCCAGUAACCAUCAGAGGAGGAGCGUGACUGGGAGCGGCUCCUUGUCACUUCCUGGUUCCAGUGCCAAGAGGCGGGGGACUACGCCUUAGCACCAACAAGGGAGAACCAAAUUGAUUUGCGGCGACACCCCUUCAUUAUUUUAACCAAUCAAAUUAUACCUACUGUUAUAAUUAUAACAAACGCCUUCUGUUUGGGGCGACUAUAGACUACCCCGGGCUACUGAUUUAGACCAGGCUGUGCAUGAGCGCCCAUAGCUAUGCUGUUAACCUUUUAUUCCUUCGUUGACAAAACACAGACUGGGACACUUCUAGAACUGCUUCCAACAGCCUGGACGAAUACACAGAUGCUGUGAAGAGUCCAAACUGAACUCAGACGCUGUUUUUAGAUAUUGACGAAACGUUAAUAUUUUAACUUCUCUCGCACUGACGGUAGUCUUAUUUUAACCUGUGCAGCUUUUUCCGUCUUUAUAGUAGUAAAUCCUGGCAGCACACGGUAGUUGUGAACGAAGAGGGACGUUAAAGCGGGUCAGUUCACUCUUUUUUUUUGUGAAAUUUUUUAUAUAUUAAGAAAAUAUAUAAAAAGUCUUUGUUUUAACCUUGUUAAUAUAGUGUUGUUAUAUAUAUCAUAGUUUGUAUUAAUAUUAAUUAAUGUCACCUUCAAGCGUGCUGGCGUGAAACUUUAACUGAUCCCUCCCUGUACAGAGAUUUCAAAUAAAUAUCAGUUCAUCUAAGUUUGAUCUUCAGAUUCAAUAAGUUUGUUCAUAUUUAUAUUUUUAUGUAAGAUUUUCCUUACUGCUACAGUGCUAAUUUCAUUUGAUUCCUUUGUGUAAUAAAAAUACUCAAUGUGUUAAUUGUCAUUUCUUAAGGAGGAAUAAAUGAAAUAUACUUU